CCCCAUUCCCCCCCCCCCCUCGCCCCCGCCCACCUGCACCGCCAGCGCCCCCAUUCCGCCUCCGCCCCGCCCGCCGCCGGAUCCCGCAGCUUCUCGCCGCCGCCUCCCGCCCGGCCUCCGAAUCACCGGAUCCCAUCGGGGGUCCCGGCCGCCGCAGCUUCCACCGCCGGGGAAGGUCCCCCGCCGCCGCCCGCCCGCCCGCCCCCUGCCGAGUGUUGUGGAAGCUGGACACAGCUGGAACUUGGAAGCAGGCCGAGUCUAUGGUAUUUGUGGGUCAUUGUGCUAUCGAUGCGAGCAGAGAGCAUGCGUGGCAGCUGUUCUUCGGGUGAUGCACCUGAGCAGAGAAGCUGCCGAUAUAGUCGGUUGGUUUACGAUUGGACUGUUUGUGGCCUUUGCUGCUCUGGGCCUCUACUGCAUUUUUCAGUCAAUCCAGUUCUGGUUUCGGAUUCGGAAAGGGACCUUGCUCUCACUCGGUUACUUUAAUGGUCCCUGGGUGACUCGCAUUGCUCUGAUUCUGAUCACUAUUUGGUGGGGAGUAGGGGAGAUUGUGAGAUUGAGCUUCUUGAAGGGAUGGCUGUUCUCCAGCUUAGUGUGGCAGAAGAUCGCAUGUGACGCCUACAUUCUCUCCAAUCUAGGGUUUGCUGAACCAAGCAUCUUCUUUGGCUUUGCUUUCCUCCUGCAUGGCUCAUUACAGAAGAGGGAGCUGGGCACUUUGACCCAGAGAUGGAACUUGAAGACCAUUGGCUACAUGUUGGUUUUCUGUGUUCCGGUGUUCUUCGUUCAGGCCCUUCUUGUGUUUGUUGGGCCUACAUUUGUUAAGGAUGAGAACAGUGCACAUGGAAGGAGAGUGUUUGCUAAAUACUUCAUUCAGACGUCCAUGCCAGUUGGGGACACCAAUGUUUGCACCUAUCCGUUGUUUGGCACCAUUUUUCUGGGACUUAUCGAUGCCGUCCUGAUGAGCUAUGUCUCCUAUGUUGGAUCUCGGGUGUUAUCCUUGGUCAUCAACAAGGCGCUGCGAAAGAGGGUUUCCUGGCUGAUAAUGUCGGUGCUUUUCUUCCUUCCUAUCAGGGUGCUUCUUCUAGGGUUCUCAGUGAUGCCCAGCCCAGGAGAUAAAGCAUUUGAGGUCAUCGUCUUCUUGUCAUUCGUAAUGAUGCUAUCCGGCACAACUGUUGGGAUACUCUUGCUGGUAUUCUGGCCUGUCCGUGAUUCAUUGGCACUCAAAGAUGCAGGCAGCAGGGAGAUAGCAGAGAUGGUGCCUUAUGACGAUUACUACUAUGAGGGCUCGUCGCUUGUGGCCAACCAGAGCUUCCGAGAAAUCGAGCGGAACUCUGACACGUCAACAAAGCGUGGCUCCAUAUCCUUCCGCACAAUGAUCAGGGAAGACCAGCUUCCGCCGGAUGGCACAGAUGAGAUCGGCUUCUCCUCUCGCAGCGGCGUCCAUAUUGGAUCAUCCUCGCCUGCAGGUUCUUCACCAAGCGCUGCAAUGCCCAUGCUGCCUCUCAAGGAGGUCCCUAGAUACUAAGUAGUGUUCACCUGUGGCUUCUGCCCUUCUACCAUGUGCUCCCCCCUUCCAUUUUCUCCUCCCCCUUCCUCUUACCUACCUUAAUGAUAACAGUUUUGUGGCAAUCAAAAGGUUUUUGUAAAGUUUUGGAGUA